AUGUUCUGUAGAGGAGUCACCUUGGGGAGUGUUGGAUUCCCCGUGACGGCUCCAGAGAAACAAGCUACCUCCUUGUGCGUGCUGUCUGGUAAAAUAGGGGAAAGUGCAUCGGUAACAGGGGAACUAGUUAUGUCUGUAGCGAGGAGUGGGACGACGAGCGGGCAGAUAAGCGGUGUGGAAACAAUAACAACAACAGUAGUAUCACCCCUGGAUCGUCUCGUGCUGGACGCCGUUGAUCGCAUCGUGGCAGAGGGCCUUCCACUGCUCGUGGAACAAAUGCUGCAGGACUCAACUUUCAACAAAAUUCAGGAAAGGUAUCGCCAAUUCUCGGUCCAGAUCCUGGAACAAGCCAUGGUCCAGCCUCGACAUCAUCAGCUGGGAGAGGUCGAAGAAGAGGAGCACUACGUGCCAGAGCUCGCGGAAGAAGAACAGCUCGCGGUUCAGUUCAGCGUGCUCGAACAUCUACUUCUACUUCUGGAAUCAAGUUCAGUUGCUCAAAACACUUCUAAAAGUACCAACAAAAAGCCUUCCCUCUGA